CUUCUUCCUCAUCAUAAGUUCACUCUCUCACAAUGUUCCUCUGACGAUGCUCUUUCCACUUUACCCCCUUACAUCAUCAUCGUCCUUGAUCUAUUCUCAUCUCAUUUAGCACUCUACUUGAAUUCGAAAGUCAGUUUCAAACUCCCGAGAUCUAUUUGUUUCCCCAAGAAAACAGCUUGUUUUCAACUCCUGUCGUGUCUGAAGCCUCUAGUACUUGUUCUUCCAUUUUUGCCAGCUACAGUUUCCCUAUUUGGAUUUUGGGUAACAACGACCGUAUAAAUCUUGUGAUCGAAAACCUAGAAACAUAUCAAAAUGGGUAAAACCGCCGGGAACAGAGACUGGGCUCAGAUCUACGCGAUUUACGGUAUCGAACAAUGGCAAACACUAGUCUUCCUUCUCUUCCACGCCUUCUUCUUCUCCCUCCUCUCCCUCCUCUUCCUCAUCUACUUCGACCAGAUUUGCUUCUUCCUCGACUCCUUCUUCCUCUCCGGAGCCGCUAGACUAGCAGCCGGUUUCACCGGCGCCGUCACCGCUCUCUCCGCCGUGUGCCUCCUCUUCGCCGCCGCUAAUUUCCUCUACUCCGACGUUCCGCUCCAGUACGAGAUGGCUCAGCGCAUGGUCGGCUCCGUCGGCGACUGGUCUUGCGUCAAAACGGCGCUAGAUCUCGGCUGCGGACGCGGCAUCCUCCUCAAUGCCGUCGCUACUCAGCUCAAGAAAACCGGUAGCUCCGGUCGUGUCGUCGGGUUGGACCGGUCCAAACGCACCACUCUCUCAACUCUCCGCACAGCUAAACUCGAAGGUGUGCAAGAGUACGUGACUUGUCGGGAAGGAGACGUGAGGACGCUACCGUUUGGGGAUAACUACUUCGACGUUGUUGUGUCGUCUGUGUUUGUGCACACGGUGGGGAAAGAGCACGGUCAGAAGACGGUGGAGGCUGCGGCUGAGAGGAUGAGGGUGCUAGGGGAGAUAGUGAGAGUGGUUAAGCCCGGAGGUUUGUGCGUUGUUUGGGAUCUCUUACACGUGCCUGAGUACGUGCGGCGACUACAGGAGCUGAAGAUGGAAGAUAUCCGAGUCUCCGAGCGAGUCACGGCGUUUAUGGCUGCAAGCCACAUCGUUUCGUUCCGGAAACCGAGCCAACUCGUCGCCGGACCAUGUGAGGUCCGGUUAGAUUGGAGAUGCUGACGUGGCUUUUUAAAACGGCAGUGUCGGUUUGGAUUAUCUAUUAAAAACGGCACGUAGUACAAGUCGGGAGGUUGAAAUGUGUGAUAUAUUUAUUCUUAGUUACGAAUAUUAAAACUUAGAAAAUUUAAUACUGGGGAGGCGAAGCGGAACCAGAUUAGCUUGUUAAUUGCUGCGUUUUGAUCUUUGUAUUUAUUAAUUUAUACAAACAAUAGUAUUAAUAUAAUCAGAUCUUCAUUAUGGUGCUGAA